CCUGCGUGCCGCGGGCCGACGAAGCCGAGCCUGCCCGGGCGGAGUGGGCGCUGCGUCCAGCGGCCAUAGCCGCGUCUUCUCACGGCUCUGCCACCAGCCGGGGCUCGGGCUGGAGCCCGGGCCCCCGGGACAUGGCCCUCCGGAGUGCACAGGGUGACGGCCCCAUCUCCAGCCGCUGGGACGGCGGCGCCGAGAAGGCAGAUUGCUGCUGAGCUUGCUUGAAGGGAAAGUGGAGUGGCUGUGUCGAAACGAACUGUGGGGAAGCUCUGUACUCCUAGCAAACAGACUUUAACAACAAAAAGAAAAAGAAAGUGGCAGAGAUCUACCAGGCUCUGAACAGUGAUCCCAUCGAUGUGGCCGCCCUUCGACGCAUGGCUAUCAGUGAAGGUGGACUGCUGACUGAUGAGAUCAGGCGAAAAGUGUGGCCCAGGCUCCUCAACGUCAACACCAGUGACCCACCUCCUCUAUUAGGGAAGGACCUACGGCAGAUGAGCAAGGACUACCAACAAGUGCUGCUGGAUGUCCGGCGAUCUCUGCGGCGGUUCCCUCCUGGCAUGCCCGACGAGCAGAGGGAAGGGCUGCAGGAGGAACUCAUCGACAUCAUCCUGCUCGUCUUGGAGCGCAACCCCCAGCUGCACUACUACCAGGGCUACCACGACAUCGUGGUCACGUUUCUGCUGGUGGUAGGCGAGAAGCUCACCACGUCCCUGGUAGAAAAGUUGUCUACCCACCACCUCAGGGAUUUCAUGGAGCCCACAAUGGACAACACUCGGCAUAUCUUAAACUAUCUGAUGCCCAUCAUUGACCAGGUGAAUCCAGAACUCCAUGAUUUCAUGCAGAGUGCUGAGGUGGGGACUAUCUUUGCCCUUAGCUGGCUCAUCACCUGGUUCGGCCACGUCCUGUCUGACUUCAGGCACGUUGUGCGGUUGUACGACUUCUUCCUGGCCUGCCACCCGCUGAUGCCCAUUUACUUUGCAGCUGUGAUCGUGCUGUAUCGGGAGCAGGAGGUCCUGGACUGUGACUGUGACAUGGCCUCUGUCCACCACCUGUUGUCCCAGAUCCCUCAGGACCUGCCCUAUGAAACGCUCAUCAGUAGAGCAGGAGACCUCUUUGUUCAGUUUCCUCCUUCCGAGCUCGCCCGGGAGGCAGCCGCCCAGCAGGAGGCCACGAGGACGGCAGCCUCUACCUUCAAAGACUUCGAGCUGGUGUCCGCCCAGCAGAGGCCGGAUAUGGUGCUGCGGCAGCGGUUCCGGGAGCUCCUGCGGCCUGAGGAGCGAACAAAAGACGUCCUGACCAAACCGAGGACCAACCGCUUUGUGAAGCUGGCAGUGAUGGGGCUGACGGUGGCGCUGGGGGCAGCUGCGCUGGCUGUGGUGAAAAGUGCCCUGGAGUGGGCCCCCAAGUUCCAGCUGCAGCUGUUUCCGUGAAGGCUGGACAGCACUUCCUGUCACUCCACUGAGGUCGCACCCUUCCGUGGAAGGAUUGGGAGGGGUAGAAUUUCCUUUAUUAAAAGGGUUUCUGUCAAGGGUUUUCUAUUCUGCCCCCUCCCUGCCUGUCGGUGUUCACCGUGGCUUCAGAGGCUGCUACAAGAGCCCGCCGGCCCGGCCGCCACCGAGGGCACUGGGGCCUGGCCGCAGGCCUCUGUCGCCUCCCCUGGACUGGGACGGGCUCCCUUGUGUUGGAGGAAGUCAGUUUCUCGGGCUGCAGCUGCCGCUGGAACCUGCAGGGCGCGGGCUUCCCUGCUAACCGCGGAGCCUCGUGGGCGCCCAGGAAGAGGAAGCGGGCCAGGACUGCCCCACAGCCGGUCUCGGGCUGUGUGCUUCUGACUCACGGAAGCAGCUGCCGCUGCCGGAGAAGACGAGCCUUGGAAAGCAGCGGUGUGCACGGGGCGCGGGGCGCUGGCGCUGGCUGGAGGGCAGGAGUCGGGAUGCAGGGGAGCUGGGUGGCCAGCUGAGUCCUUGUCCAGCCUAGAAGUCGCGAGUCUCUGGCCCAGGUGGGAAAGAGUGGUCGUUUUGUAAGCCCUAGACCCAGAUUGGUUUUCCCUGUUCCCUUCUGCGAUCCACACAUCAUUUACAAGACAUCUUUUAUCACUGUUUUUAGAAUUCCAUACCCCCAUGUCAGGUGCCCCACUUGACAGCAGCCGUCGCUUUGUGAGAAGGACAAGCUGUCCUGGAGGUGGCACUCGGCAGCUGGCAUCGGUGAGAGCAGGGCCCUCCACAGCCGGCCCUGAUGUGCUGCCUGCCAACCUGCGGCCUGCCCCACACGGGCACCUGCCACUCCCUUGGCCUCACUGCCGUCUCCCGUGUGGUUGGAAAUGUCCUUGAAACCCACCAGCCCCGGAAUGGGGCAGACUGUGGCUGAAGAGCUUCGCAGGGGCCUGACAGCAGCCUCGGCUUCCAAGGACUCUCCAGGCCCCAGGGAACAAGGGGACCACUCCGUCCUGGGAGCCAGGUGUGGGUUAGAUUAACUGGCUUGAAGAAGUGCCUUUGGAUGCAGUUGGAAGCAGCCUUUUCCUUAUUUUCCUGGGCAGGUGUCUUCCUAGAGUGAACGUGCAGAAGCGCUCUCCCUAACAGGAGAGCCCCUCUCCGCAUGCUGGCACGCCAGGCUGCCGCUGUGCCCGCAGCGCUUGGGAGAGGGUCUACACCGAGCUCCACGAAGCCCCCUCCCGCCUUUAUGGUGUAUUUAUUAUUUUGAAAGUUGGAGAGAGCGAGAUCUUGCACCUGCUAGUUCACUCCCCAGAUGGCUGCAAUUGCCUGGUGCUGGGCUAGGCAGGCUGAAGCCAAGAGCAAGGAGCUUCAUCCGGGUCUCCUGCGGGGUGGCAGGGGCCCAGACACUUGGGCCAUCUUCCACUGCUUUCCUAGGCGUGUUAGCAGGGAGCUGGAUGAGAAGUGGAGCAGCCAGGACACGAAUAGGCCAUCCAUACGGGGUGUGGUGCAGCAGGCUGAAGUUUAACCUGCUAUGCCACGAGGCCAGCCCCUCCGUGAAGCACUUUAAAGCCAACAAAGAGCUCAGUGUGAUGGAUGUUCUCCGCGGCAGGCCCGCCCGGGGGAGGUGUGCUGUCCAUGGGGUAAUUCAGGAAGACGGGAAGUUCACCCAGGAGCCAGCAGUGGGGGUGGGCGCAUAGCUGCGGUCCCCUCCCUCAGCAGAGCUGCCCUCUUGUCUGCAAAUGGGCGGCAGAAGCUGCCCCUCCUGCCACAAACACUCACGCCUGUUUGUAAAUCCUGCAGGAACUGGUGGGGAACAGGAGAGGGGCUGCACGCGCGUGUGGGACCAGGGUCCUGGGGCCACGGCUUUUUUAAUUCCGGGAAAUAAGUGGCAUUUGCUUGUGUUGUGGCCAGAGAAGGAAACGAGUGGCUUGUUGUAUGACGUUGAGCAGACUGCGUUACCUGUUUGCCUUCGGUCGGUUUGCCGCCUCUGUAAAGAACACGUGUAAAUAUUUUGUACAGAGCCCUCUAUGAAAUAAAGAGCCAUAUGUGGUUGCUAA